CAGAUCUGUUUACAGUUUCUGCAGUAUAAAUUAGCAUUAAACACCGAGGACCAUGUAGAAAAGAGAAGAAAGUCACAGUUAAAGAUGAGGAAACUAAUUCCUGUAGCUUUGUUACUCACUGUGCUCUACAGUGGAAGAGCUAUUACUAAUGGAAAAAUGACUGCAGUGAAGGCUACAACUCAACAAGCGCAUUCUGCUUCAAGAACUAAAAGCAAUCUGUCUGCACUCAAACUUUCAGCUGCAAAUACAGAUUUUGCCUUGCGUCUCUACAGACAGAUUGCCUCUCAGCCAAGCUCAACUUCCAAGAAUAUUUUCUUCUCUCCUAUAAGCAUCUCCUCCAGCCUGGCCAUGUUGUCACUGGGUGCAAAACAUAACACUCGGGAUCAGCUACUACGUGUUCUUGGGUACUCCAAUAUGUCAAAGAACGAUGCAGCCGAGGUGCAUGCAACAUUCAGAUACCUCCUGCAGGAGUUAACUGGUGAAAAUAGUGAGCUGCAUAUGAUGAUGGGGAGCUCUCUCCACAUCCAGCAGGGAUUAAGUCUUCAAAAGAAAUUCCUUGACGAUACAAGGCAAUUUUAUAAGGCAGAGACACUCAGUGCUGAUUUCAGAGUAUUAGACAAAGCAAAAAGAAAGAUCAACACUUACGUGAGAAAGCAAACAAAUGGCAAAAUCCAAGAAUUCAUUAAAACGCUUAAUCGAAACACUGUAAUGGUACUUAUCAAUUAUGUCUUGUUCAAAGGUUCUUCUCAGAGACCAGGGCAGUUGGUACACUAAAUACAAAGUGUCUUAAUCAUUGGUUAAGAGCAACAGCUUACAGCAACAGGUG